UGCUCGGUGUUAAAAUUUUAUUUAAGAUUGGGGUUUCUUCCUCCUUGCUCAAGCAAACACUUCUCAUUCUUUUACUCUCUCUCUCUCUCUCUCUCAGAUCCGUGUGAAGCUUUUCUGAUUUGCAAUGGACGGUGGUGCCGAAGGAUCGCAGCAGCCUCAUCUCAUUCUAGCCCACAAGCUUUUCCUCCUCACUCAAUCCGAUGUUCCAGACAUCGAGAAAGUCCAGCUCAAGUCUGAGGUUUUGGAUUUCAUCAAAUCCGAUAGUAUGGCUCCCUUGUACGAAACCCUAGCGGCUACAUCGGUGCUAGAGUUGAAUCAGAGCUUGCUAGAUUCUAUGCGGGCCAAUAACGAAGAGGAGCUUAAAAAGCUUGACGAGAAAAUUGCUGACGCAGAAGAAAAUUUGGGUGAAAGUGAAGUACGUGAAGCUCAUCUUGCUAAGGCUUUGUAUUUCAUCAGGAUUAGUGAUAAGGAGAAUGCUUUGGAGCAGCUGAAACUCACUGAAGGCAAAACUGUAGCUGUAGGGCAGAAGAUGGACCUUGUCUUCUAUACAUUGCAGCUUGCUUUUUUCUAUAUGGACUUCGACCUUGUAUCAAAGAGCAUUGACAAAGCAAAAAAAUUGUUUGAAGAGGGUGGUGACUGGGAGAGGAAGAACAGGCUGAAGGUCUAUGAAGGUUUGUACUGCAUGUCCACCAGAAAUUUUAAGAAGGCUGCCAGCUUAUUUCUGGAUUCGAUAUCAACCUUCACAACAUAUGAAAUUUUUCCAUAUGAGACCUUUAUAUUCUACACCGUCCUGACAAGCAUCAUAACUCUGGACAGAGUUUCGCUUAAGCAGAAGGUUGUUGAUGCACCGGAGAUAUUAACUGUUCUUGGGAAGAUUCCGUUCCUUUCUGAAUUUCUGAACUCCUUGUACGAGUGCCAGUACAAGGCGUUUUUCUCAGCAUUUGCUGGAAUGGCUGAGCAAAUCAAGUUUGACCGUUACUUGUACCCUCAUUUCCGGUUCUACAUGAGGGAGGUGAGAACGGUGGUAUACUCACAGUUUUUGGAAUCGUACAAGAGUGUGACAGUUGAAGCGAUGGCAAAGGCCUUUGGCGUUUCCGUGGAUUUCAUUGAUCAGGAGCUCUCACGCUUCAUUGCUGCUGGGAAGCUUCACUGCAAGAUAGACAAAGUUGCAGGUGUUCUGGAGACGAACCGUCCUGAUGCAAAGAAUGCACUCUACCAGGCAACAAUCAAGCAAGGGGAUUUCUUGCUAAACAGGAUCCAGAAGCUAUCUCGUGUGAUCGAUCUGUGAGCAUUGCGACAUGUUUUCUGCUUCUUGGCACUUUCUUCAAGCUUUGCAACUUGGGAACUCAAAACGGUAGAAUCUUAAGGUCUGAGAAACGAUAUGAAUUUGGGAUUUUGAGAUGAAUACAUGUUGUCUCAAUUGACUCUAGUUUGUUUUUUAGUGGUGCAUUUCUCAAGAACAAAGAGCAAGUUUAAUCUCCAAAAAUCAUUUUAUUCUUCCUUGCAUCGCAUGCCUUUAAA